GUCGAAAACGCGAGAGUUCGCGUUCAGCAGUGCGCAUGCGCAAACGCAGACGACGAAAUAGCAGCGCGGGUCUGAGGCACGCUAGUUGCUGAAAUGGAUUCUCAGAAAGACAUACAGCCUCCUAAACAGCAGCCCAUGAUUUACAUCUGUGGAGAGUGCCACACGGAAAAUGAGAUCAAGGCCAGAGACCCGAUCCGAUGCAGAGAGUGCGGCUACAGAAUCAUGUACAAGAAGAGGACGAAGAGAUUGGUCGUGUUCGAUGCCCGGUGAGCUCCAGCCCCUCAGAUUGUCCCGCUCCGAAAUGAAACCUGACUGCAUUUUUUUUCUUUGUGUUUUUUUUCUACAUCCAUUUUAAUUUGAGAUUGUAAAUAAGUGUGUACAAGUUAAAUGGUUAAAUACAGUUGUGUGUAAAACGCUGA